AGAUGCAGCAGAGACGGAGUCGGCAGGUGAGGGCGCUGGGAGUGCGAGGCCGUGCUGAGGAUGCGGAUUCCCAGCUCCCGGCCCCCAGCCCCGAGGCCGCUGCCUUGCCCAUCCGCUGCGGCAACACCACCAAGUCCGGGAAGUUGCUGUUUCGCUUUCCCAAAAGACGGGGCCAUGCGGCUGCUGUGGACAGCUUCGUGCGGGCGCCGGCCAACUGGUACCGUUGUGGUGACAGCUCCGUCAUCUGCUCCAAACACUUCGCUCCCGUCUGUUUUGAUGUCUCUUCGGUUAUCCAGAAGAAUCUGUGCUUCUCCGAGCGCCUGCGACCCGUGGCGGGCGCCGUGUCCAUCUUGCACCCGGUGGCCUCCCUGCUGAAACCUAAGGGGAAAGAAGAGGAGCGGAGCGGGCGGCCGGGGAAGGGAGGAAAGCCCCAGGCAGUCAGGCAGCCCCAGGCUACCCAAGGGCCAGCCUUCUGUACUCUCCUCUGGCCCGGCUAG